UAUCAUCUCUCUCUCCCUCUCUACUCACUUCCACCAUGUCUGCAGCACUGAGCUCGUCUCUCUACAUCUCCCCAAAGAAACCUUCAUCUCCACAGCUAUCUCAAUCCACGAAACCCACCACCAUCAAAACCACUCUCCACACCCACCCUCUCUUCUCCGUCGCCGACCAAGCCGUAACCCUCCAGAUGAAAGAGAAGAUCCUAUGCCUCGAGCUCAUGGGAAUCGACUCCGGCAAAGCCCUCUCUCUCAACCCUUUCCUCCGCUCAGCCUCCCUUGACUCCGUCGAAGCCGUCCUCAACUUCCUCCAAUCAAAAGGAAUCUACCCGAACGACCUGCCAAGGAUCUUGGGGAUGUGUCCCAAGAUCCUCACUUCAGACAUCAGAACAGAACUCAACCCUGUUUUCACGUUCCUGUCGAGUGAUCUCCAUGUCCCCGAUAAUGCGUUCAGAAGAGUGGUCAAGAAAUGUCCGAGGCUACUGAUCAGCACCGUGGAGGACCAGCUCAAGCCUGCUCUGUUCUACUUGCAGAGACUUGGUUUCAAGGAUCUUGAUGCUCUUGCUUACCAAGAUCCUGUCUUGUUGGUGUCUAGUGUUGAACACACUCUCAUCCCAAAGCUUAGAUUCUUGGAGAGUAUAGGGUUCUCGAGAUCAGAGGCGAUUGGAAUGAUCCUUAGAUGUCCGGCUCUAUUCACAUUUAGCAUAGAGAACAACUUUAAACCAAAGCUGGAUUACUUCAUGUGCGAGAUCAAAGGUAAACUGGAGAAUCUAAAGGAGUUUCCGCAGUAUUUUGCGUUUAGUCUAGAGAAAAGGAUAAAGCCGAGGCACCUGAAAUCUAUGGAGAGAGGUUUAGAGUUGCCGUUGGCAUUGAUGCUUAAGAGCACUGAUGAAGAGUUUGAGCAAUUGCUCCUGCAGAUAGAGCCAUCUCCAGUGGUAAAUGUGUAAUGUUAUUGUUGUAAAUGGUGGAAAAAUGUUACAGUGUUUAUUAAUAGUAAUUUUAACAUUGUUCCAUGUGUAUGUGAAAUUGAUUGUAUA